UAAAUUUAAUUUAUAAUAUAUUUGUGCUUCAAAGACAUGUGGAGUAUAUUGAAAAUAUUCACCAACCUAAUUUUGUUAGUGAGACUCUUGACAAUGGUGGCUCAGGUUGACGGCAGCUAUGUGGCUAUACGAACCAAAGUGGAGCCAUAUGUGUCAACAGGAAUUAUAAGAUUUAAUUUAAAUUUGCCAUAUGAGUCAAAGCCCACCAGGAUGUUGGUUCAAGUGACUAAGCCCAGAAGGAGUGAGCCUAUUGACUUUGAAGUUGUGGGUACGAAAAACCCACAAACAAUAACUUUUCAAAAUACUCAACCGCAAAUUUUUUUUAUCAAUGAUGUGCUAGAAGUCACCUUAGACAAUGUGUACGGAUCAAAUAGAAUAAAAUUUAAUUAUACUAUACAAAAUAAGCCCAGCACAUUCUUGUAUAUAAAGAAAUUGGAUUUAUAUUCUUUAAAACCGAUGCAAUCAAAUACCGAUGUUGAAGUCGACUUUAUUGUAGAUCAUGUUCCGUUAUUAAGUAAUAAUAGUAAUGAACUGAAUCAGAAUAUUUCUAAAUCUGCUGACCAAGUUUUCAAUGGUAAGCACCAAAAAUUUCUAAGAACUGCGCUGGACAUUGCACUGACGGACGGUCAUUUCAAUAACAAAUUGUUACUUAGUAAGAUUUCGGAAGAAAAAGUAUUGGUAGAUGCCAAACAAAGCGCAAUCGAUAUCGUACGUAAAGUGAUCAGACAGGAUCUAAAGAUACCGACUUUGGAAUAUCAAAUUUUGAAUGUUGCUGUUAUAGAUGAAGGCAUUGUUUUCGAAAUGGCUUCAGCUAAAGAUUCAUUAGAAAUUUUGACUCAGUUUCAGUUGCUGGGCAGCAACACUUUCAAUAUUUCGAGAACUGAUUAUGAUUUUUAUGCACCAAGACUAGAUGUACGAAGUAAUAGAUAAAGCAAUUUGCUCCAAUUACCCACAAAUUUGUGGGUAAAAUAUAUUUUAAACAUUUACUUAUUUAUUCCAUGAACGUCAAAUAGUCAUUCAAUAAAUGCUUUCUCAAUAUAUUCUCUAUUGGAACAAAUUAAUUUGUUGAUGUGCAUUGCUACAUCUCUAUGCCAGAGUACGUUGCAGGUUGCAUACGUCGUUGCCGAGAUUUUUCCAACGCACCCGCAAACCGACAGAACCCACAGAACGCUGUGCUUAUAUUUACAUUUGAAAUUAAAUUUUCGGAUGCAUUCGUUUCAAGUACAAUUUCCAAGCAGAAGAUAAACAAGCGAAAACCAAACGCAAACAGCACUCCAAUCAAACCGUCAACAACGAAACCAAACAUCAAAUACGCCUAAAUCCAAAAAAAAUUUAUAAAGCAAAAUUAAAUAUCUCAGUACUUCAGUAUUUUUAUAACUAAACAAAAAAAGAGAUGAAAAGAAGUCCUCAGAAGGCAAGUCAAACAAACAAAUAAGGAAGUAAGUUGAUUUCUUGAGUUCUGCAAUGUUUGCGCUUGAUUUUCCUUAAUUUUUGAUCUGCUUUGAUCUACUCCAACCUCUCCACUGUUUCAGCAUUAGCUACAGCUUCGCCAACAUCAGCUUCAUCUUCACCAGCAUCAACUUCGACUUCGCCACCAUCAGCUUCAGCUUCAGCAUCAACCUCAGUUUCAUCUUCGCCAGCAGCGGUAUCGACGCUAAGCAAAUGCAAGCAACUGCCGCAGCCACAAAAAUGGCAGCAACCAAAAUUCCAAAUCCUUGAGGAAAAUUUGUUAAAUAAAAAUAAAAAUAAAAAUAAAAAUAAAAAUACGAAAGUGAUGAAGAAGCAAGACGCCCGAGGCGUGUUAAUUUCUACUUAAUUUAGUGGCCCGAAAUGAAAAGAAAAAGAUACAAAAAAAUUUCAACUUUUUUUGCGUUGAAGUAAGUCAGGCAGGCAAGCCUGCAGAUGGAUGAGGUUUCAUCAUCGAUGCCAGAUGCAAAUGAGAUGGUCACUAUACAAGAGUAGGGUAAAUGACAAAAUAGGUUUAUAAAAUAAUUCAAAACAUAUACUAUCUUCCGUCUUAGCAUAUAAACUUUAAUAAUUAUUUGUUUUUGAUUGCAAUUUGCAUAGAAAUUGACUUCUAAAACGAAUAGUGACUUGUCACUAUUUUCAUUAUUAGAACGGAAAAAAAAUAACUGCCCCAUCACCACUCUAUAAACUAAUCUAAGAAAAAUCGAAAAGAACCAUCACAAACUCUGAUGAAUACUUAUAUCAUAGUUGCUGCAGUGCAAUGUAAAAUCUAUUUAAAAGUCUGUAUCCGGAACUACAAAAACGCAGGACAGCUCGAAUCCGCAUCUAUAAAUUCAUUAUUGCACCUUGCCCUAAAUUGUAAGGCACGUUUCUUCAAAAUCAAACUUUUUAGUUUUUUAUCUUAUGAUUUUACAGUUCUUAGAUGAUACUCAUACGUCUCCCAACAGAGCGAUACGAAUGAUAAUUUUGUAAAAUAAAAUAUUAUUUAGUUUAUGUAAGGAACAAAUAUAUUUCGUUACAAUUAAGAUACUUAAAAACUUCAAAGAACUUGGAGAUAUAUACAGUUUUCUACACAGAUUCAAAGCAUAAAAUUCAAUCUUUUCAAUAAAUUGUAAUAUCGAGCCUACUUUACCGAGUCUUAUUACUUUAGCUGAUAUAACUACAGAUAGUUCUACUAUAUCUUUACUAUAGAUAUUACAAUAUAGCAACUUAUCUUAGUGCUCAUUUGUCAGAACUUUAUCUGAUAUUACACGUAGCUAGUCACCUUUCUAAAAAUUAAUAUGUCAGUGCAAGACAUGCUAAGAGUUCACAUUUCGCGGUCUCAUCCAAUUCCUCGUAAAACUUACUUAUAGAUAUAUUGCCAAUGUAGUACAAGAUAAUAUAAAAUUAAUAUUAUCAUGUUUUAUUAAAAAAAUAUUGUGUUUAUAAAAAACCCUGCGUUAUUUAGUUAUUGAUUUAUUGUGGUGAUAGAUAAUAUUAAUGAAUCAGAUUUCCGUUUAGUAGUAGUAGUAGACCAGAUGAGGUGCUUCACGUAAUCUCUCUCUCCGACCAUAUCGGGAUAUGAUAUACACUUUUGUUAAGUUAAUUUUUUUUCUAAAAUUUUUAAUAAAAAAGAGACUCAACAAUAUGAAGGCUGU